AUGAACCAUUUCCGCGCCUCACCGCCGCCUUCACGCUCGUUCACUCCUCAUAUUGGUAUGCCUAGACAUGGACGUCAAGACUCUCGGUCGUCGCUGCGGCUACCGCCGUUCUUCAAACGGCUCUUCAAGUUCCCACAAAUGGACUUUGAGAUGGCCACAUGGGAAAUGACAAACCUUAUAAUUGCGCCAAAAAAGGUCUUCAAAUCUAUUUAUCACCACUUUCUUGUCACAUCUUUGCUGUUUGCGACAGCGGGAUAUUUUCUUGCCGGAAAGUUUUUGAAGGUCCAGGGUGCUGGAGGGCUUGGGAGAGGAGGCAUUGUUGGUGGGGAGGGUGAAAUCGAAUUUAUGUAUUGCUUUGAGAUCGGCGUGAGGGCAUUCUUCCCAGUCUGGGUGUUUUUAUAUGUGAUCCAGUUCUUGAUGAUGCCAAUACUGACAAGAGACUAUUGGAUUUCAACAUUCCUUGGGAAUUCUCUAUAUCUGAUAGCAGUCUCCUACUAUUGUGUGAUCACAUUCAUGGGUUAUAAUGCACUUCCCUUUCUCCAUCACACAGAGAUAAUGUUAGGCCCAAUUUUCAUAUUUGUGGUCCUAUGGGUCGUUAGCUUAUUUGGCUUCAACUUGCCGAAACACAUCAUUCCUGUGCUUCUCGGGGUAUGA